AUGGUAAGCAAGGCUGUGGAAAUAAAAAUUGAUGGGAAGCAUCUGAAGCCAGCAGUUGUUGGAAUAAAAAUUGAUGCAACCAGCUGGAUGGAAAAUUUCACAAAAACCACAAUCAAGAGUCUGUGCAACAGUGAAAUCUGUGGCUGUGAGAAAAAUAGCAUGCAUGUGGACUGUGUUAUCCUCGACGACGGUGGAUUCCUUUUGAUGUCAAAUCGGGAUGAAUAUACACAACAGAUUGGAAGAUUCUUUGGUGAAAUUGAUCCUGGCCUGAUGAGAAACCUGAUUAACAUGUCCUUGUAUGCCUUUAACAAGUCAUAUGACUAUCAAUCAGUAUGUGAUCCUGAAGAAGAACCAAAGCAAGGAGCUGGACUUCGUUCUGCCUAUGUGCCUACGAUAACAGAUAUUUUGCAGCUAGGAUGGUGGGCUUCAGCAGCUGCCUGGUCUAUCUUACAGCAGCUGUUUUUGAGCUUGACUUUUCCACGGUUCCUUGAAGCAGCUGAUAUGGAAGAUGAUGAUUUUGGUGCUGCCCUGCCUAAAACAAGCUGCAUCACUGAGCAAACUCAGUAUUUCUUUGAGAAUGAUGAUAAAUCCUUUGGUGGGAUUGUAGACUGUAUAAACUGCUCCAGGCUUUAUCAUGCAGAGAAGAUUUCAAACACCAAUCUAGUAUUCAUUAUUAGUGACAGCCAACUGCUGUGCCGCUCCUGCGACCCAAAGCCACUGAUGCAAGCAGAGAAACCUGAUGAAGGACCAAAUCCUUGUGAAAUGGUCAAACAACCUAGAUACAGAAAGGGUCCUGAUGUCUGUUUUGAUGAAGCCAAACAGGAAGAUUCGGCCGACUGCGGUGGUGCCUCUGGUCUGAGUCCAUCACUGUGGUCUGUGCUAGGAAUUCAGUUGGUCCUGCUUUGGCUGUUAUCUGGCAGCAGAUACUGCCAGUUAUGACCUUGCUAAACCAAAACCUGCAUAACUUAAUCGAGAUCCGGCCAAAACGAUAGCCUCAGUUUCAUUUCCAAAAGGGUCAGCUAUUCAGACAGCAGCAGAAGAGCAGUGCUCAUGUCUGGUCAUCACUCGUCGUGAGACUCAUGAGGACACCCACGGUGGCUGCAUGUUGGAGUGUCGGAUCCUUAAACGUGUGUGAAUGCUGCAUCAUCUAUGCCAUCUGAACAGAAUUCUGUACGUGCUCCAUUGGGGAAUCUUAAGUUGUUUGUUUUGGGUUUUUUUUCUUUCAUUUGUUUGUUGCUGUAAUCUUGAUGACUUCAUGUAAAAGGGCUCCCCUAACAAUAGCUUAUGUAUAUGAUUUUCAUUUCUUUGAAGCUUUGGAUAUCUUGAAGAUUUCUAUUCUUUUACAUGGACAGUUACUUUCAAAC